AUGGCUGACAUUUUAUCGUUGAAAGAGUCAGUUUUGGUCUACUUGGACAGAAGUGGCGGUCUUCAGAAACUGACAGAAGACUGCAAACCUUUCAAUGACCCCCAGCUGAGCGAGGCCGUCUACAGGUUUCGUUUCAGUGUUAAUCCCUCAGAUGUAAUCGAGGUGGAUCCUGUACUGGGUGACUGUGUUUUGCAUGAGCCUCUGCGAGCAACAGUUUUAUUUCAGUCUGUUUGCUUCCUGGCCAUAAAGACACUUUCUCUUAUUGAAAAAAUACAUACAGAAAGUCAGGUAAAUGUAAUUCUGAACUUUACACACCUGCCUCCAUUCCCUGAGUACACGCUGGACCUUUGUCGUUUUCCUCGUGUGUACGGCCCCAUGAGGCCUGUCUCCAUGGAGGGCCUGGUCAUUGCCAUGACAAGGGUUACGAAGUACACCCAGGGGGCGAGGUUCCUCUGUGUCAGUGAUGACUGCCCCUGCUCCAAAGGGUUCCACCACAUCCGAGUCCAUGCACCCGGGGCCACAGAAUCGGCUACCGUGAGAAACCACUUCUGCUGCAUGAUGUGUGGCUCCCAGCUGAAAGAGGAUGUGAAGUUCAGAGUUUUGGGAGAUAAACAGCUGGUGGAACUGAUCCAUGUCAAAGCGCUGGAUGUUUUAAGUGGCCGCCAGCAAAGCUCACUCAGAUACCAAUCUGUCACACUGUUUCUCAGAG